AUGACCGAAGAUAGUGAUAAUGAAUGUGAACAAUCAAAGGUAGAGGAGGAAAAGGAAAUUACAGAGAGUGAAAAUGGCAUAAACGAAGACAACUCCGUCACGUUUAAAGACUUGGGUAUAGUUGAUGUAUUAUGCGAAGCGUGCGAGGAAUUGAAAUGGAAACAUCCGUCAAAAAUUCAAAAAGAAUCCAUUCCAGUGGCUUUACAAGGCAAAGACAUAAUUGGUCUAGCUGAAACGGGUUCUGGCAAGACCGGUGCUUUUGCCUUACCAAUACUUCAGGCACUUUUAGAAAACCCACAAAGGUACUUCGCUCUUAUUCUCACACCAACAAGAGAAUUGGCAUUCCAGAUUUCUGAACAAUUUGAAGCAUUAGGUGCCAGUAUUGGGGUAAAAUGUGCAGUUAUAGUGGGUGGAAUGGACAUGGUUGCACAAGCACUGAUGCUCUCAAAGAAACCACACAUUAUAAUAGCAACACCUGGGCGCCUUGUUGAUCACCUUGAAAACACCAAGGGUUUCAAUUUAAAAGCAUUAAAAUACUUGGUUAUGGAUGAAGCCGAUCGUAUACUAAACAUGGACUUUGAGGUGGAGGUGGACAAAAUAUUGCGUGUCAUACCGCGCGAACGCCGCACCUAUCUAUUCUCUGCAACUAUGACCAAAAAAGUACAGAAACUGCAACGGGCUUCCUUACAAGACCCUGUAAAGAUAGAGGUCUCAACUAAGUAUCAGACAGUGGAGAAACUGCAGCAAUACUACUUGUUCAUACCUUUGAAAUAUAAGGACGUGUACCUUGUUCACAUCCUGAACGAGCUGGCGGGCAACUCGUUCAUCGUGUUCGUGUCGACGUGCGCGGGCGCGCUGCGCGGCGCGCUGCUGCUGAGGGCGCUGGGCGUGGCGGCGGUGCCCCUCCACGGGCAGAUGUCGCAGCAGCGGCGCCUCGCCGCCCUCGCCAAGUUCAAGAGCCGCGCGCGCUCCGUGCUCAUAUGCACCGACGUGGCCUCCAGAGGCCUGGACAUUCCGCACGUGGACGUGGUGAUCAACCUGGACAUCCCGCUGCACAGCAAGGACUACAUCCAUCGCGUGGGGCGCACCGCCCGAGCGGGCAGAGCGGGGAAAUCUAUCACCUUCGUCACACAGUACGACGUGGAGCUGUACCAGCGCAUCGAGCAGCUGAUCGGCAAGCAGCUGCCUCUAUAUCACACUGACGAGGCCGAGGUGUUGGUGCUGCAGGAGAGGGUCGCAGAGGCGCAGCGCCUCACGAAGCUCGAGAUGAAGGAGCUGGAAGAGAAGAAGAGCGUGAAGGGCAAGAGGCGCGGCGCAGAAUCGGACGACGACACGGAGGAGGCGGCCGGCGUGAGGCGGCGAAUAAGGGGCAAGCCCAAGCACGCCGCCAAGAGGAAGCGA